CACACGCAACAUUCGAGGAAACCAACCCAGCUGACACAAGCGCUGUCAAGAAUUCUUACCUUAUACCAAGCACUGUAAGAUUCAUAUCCGCAUGCACGAAAUGAGCGGUUAUGGGCUUGUGACUCUGGUACGUCAUAAUCGUUCUUUCUCUUUUUUCCGAGCUCGCACUACUGCCUUCUAGCCAGUACGGUAAAAGCUUUGAAGAGACACGGACUGUCACGUAGUGACGUUAAGCUGAACCCGUAACCGAACCCGAGCAUAUCGAAUAAUUGCCGACGUGAUCUGUUACGAUUGCAGUAAUAACUGUCCAUUCCAAUCAUAUUAAAGUGCCUUAAGUGAUUAGAUUAAUCGAUUAAAUACGUAAAAUAUAACAAAGUUUGACAAACUUCAAAACGGCAAGUAUUGUUUUCAAAACAUAUGAUUAGCGACAUGUCACCAAAGGAGUUGUGACUGAAACAGGGAGCGUUGACAAUUAAAUUGUGAGUGCGUGUGUUGGAUACGGCCCAGUGAAUCGCCGGGCCCAUCUCGUGUGUCUUCAGUGUUAAGUUACAGCUCGCGGUAUCAUUUCUAUUGAGGAGCAAGUGACUGAUGGAGAAUUAUUGUGCUUGUAUAAGGAAGGUGGCUGUGAAGAGCGGGCGUCAUGCUGGCCCGCCAGCUUGUGUCUAGUGUUCGCAGACUCCGGCAAAACGGCGGCUACGGAGACAGCCCCGGUACUCGCACCACAGACGGGCGGUGCAGACAGCGCCAGCGGCGGCUCAGGUGGUUCGGGCAUGGAGUGCCUGCAACUGCGCUCGCCGCCCGGACCCUUCCACUACCUCAUCUCGGAGCAGGCUAAGUCCCUCGUCGCUUUACAGGAACUCCAGAAUGAAGUCGGUGCUUUACUUGAGUUUCGCGACCUCGUCAUCGAGACAUUCCCAAACCUGCGCUCCAAAAUGGCGCCUUCGACGCCUGCGAGUGGCACACGUCGCGACUGGGAGCCGGGGGUGCGCGUGCGCCGCAAGCUGGCGGCCGGCGCCGGCGACGCCACCCGCGCCAAGCCGCAGCCCUCCGUGCAGGACUCCGGUUUCAGCACCGAGACCUCCUGCGGCAAAGACGCGCACUCGUCCUCGGCCUCCGCCUCUGCCUCCGCCACACGAUCUCGCCCACUCGAAGACGAGCUGUGGGCGUUGCUCGAUGUCAUCCAGAGAAAAGGAAUGCGGCUACGAGACGAAGCAGAACAGCUGCGCGGGGAACUCGACGAGCGACAACCCGCCGAAACCGUGGAGGAGUCGUUUGCUCGAGCGCUCAAUGACACCGCGUGCGCCGACUGCGCCGACACGGGCCGCCUGCGCGCCGAGCGGGACGCGCUGCUGCUGCGAGCGGCGCAGCUGGAGGCGGCGGCGGCGGCCAGCCCGCCCGCGCCCGCGCCCGCCACGCCGCUGGGCCGCCUGGACUCGGCGCUGGAGACGCCCUCGCGCCCGCCGCGCGUCGCCACGCCUGACUCCAAGAAGUUCGCGGCGAUUCUCCUCGAGAGCAAUCCUGUCGAACUUCAGAGGCAGUUGCUCACGUCUACCGUUCAAAAUCAGGUAUUGAGCGAACGCCUGAGACGCGCGGCCGCGCAGCGCUCGCUGUUGUUGGAAAGAUUGGAGCGUGCGCAAGAUUUCAACGAAGACCUCAAAUUCAGAUUGGAGGAAAAGAGUAUCGAGCUAGAGGGUGCGCGCGCCCGCGUGCGGCAGCUGGAGCGCGCGCACAGCCCGCGCGAGGCCGACACGCGCUCCGCCGGCACGCGCUCGGCGUCGCCCGCGCACGCGCACUCCAGCAUGCGCGACAUGGAGCCGCUGUGCAUGCCGGACGACGACUCGCGCCUGGCCGACACGCCGCGACGCCGGCCGAGCCGCAUCCCGCUGCACACGCGCGGGCCGGCGCGGCCGCCGUCGGCACACUCGGUCCGGUCGGGCCGCUCGGCGGCGUCGGGCCGCUCGGGGCCGCGGGCGGCGCCGCGACGCUCGCCGGCCGCGCCGGACCCGAAGAGAGACGACGAGCCCGAGUGGCGCUCGGCCGCGCUGGCCGCCGAGUACGUCGCGCGCACCGACCGCCUCGCGCCGCUGUUCCCGCGCGCGCGCCCGCUGCCGGCGCACCUGCCCGCCUACCCGCCGCACGUGCCCGCCUACCCGCCGCGCCUGCCCGACUGCCCGCCGCGCCUGCCCGACUACCCGCCGCCCGCCGCCCCGCACCCGCACCCCGACCUCGCCUCCGAGCUGCAGCGCUCGCUGCUCUACGCGCCGCAGGACCACCACCUCUGGAACGGUAAGCCGCAGCAGUACUUCGAAAGCAUGCACUACGGCGAGCGCCCGCCCCACGACGCAGACUACGACAGCGACUCGCUGCAGCCCUGAGCCACCUCAGAGGGCGUAGUGCUACUCCACAAGUUAAACGUUACCGAUACGCAUCGUCACACCAAUUAAUCAUGUAGCAUUUACUUUUGAAAACGUUUGUUUCAUUCAAGCUGUCAUUAGCUUAGUCGUUUUAUAAACGCAGUCACUCACGAAAUAGUGAUCGUUAUAAUCCGACAAAAUGGAUCAAAUCACAUGAUGUACAUACAAAUCUAUUCUACUGAGUGAUGAUUACGUAUCGAUAACGUUAACUAGUGAAACUCACACUAAGCCCUCUGCUCUGCUUGCACUCUCAUGUGCGGUCGCAAUCAUUCCAUUCUUCAAGGGUGGUCAUGUCUCGAGUGAUCUGUGAUAAAUAUGUCACCGUUUUGAAUGUUAACUUUUUUGAAUCAUCUGUUCGUAUUACACGACCCCUCGAUGGGCAAUGAGUUUAUUUAUUUUCUUCAUUUUACAAAAACCCGUUUUAAAUCUAAUAUGUAAGUGUUAUACCUACAUCAUUAAAAUUAGAAUAAAUUUUCCAUACUAUUAAUACUUAUAUAAUUUUAUUAAUGGCUUCCGUCUUUACUGUUACUGAGCCGAAAAGACAAUGUUUGGAUUCAUGAAAUGAUAAAUAUAAAUAUGUACUCACUAGAAAUCUUAAAUGGGUUGAUUAUAUAAGAAUUUAUUAUAAUUUGUUCCAUUUGUCUUGAAAGUAUUACAUGAAUUGAUGAAAUCUACAAAUAAUGGUAGCUACUUUAACAUAAGUAUUUUCAUUCCUAAACCUGUAAGGACAGACUGUAAUUAUUUAAUGUAAAUUGAGUGAGAGCUUGGAACGACUGUUAGCAAGGCUGUGAAACACUGAAGUGUGCUUGAACUUGUUUCUGAUGUAAUCGAUGAAAUCAGAAGUAAUAAAAUAUAGUGCUUAGUUAACGUGUGUUGCGGUUCUAGACAUACUAUUGUUGUUAAACAUAUUCCAAUCGUCCAGUGGUGUACGUCCUAUGAGACAACGCGUGACUGCCUUUGAGUUAUAAGAUUACGAUGUUAAUUCCUUUUACUAGUGUACAUUUCAUAACGGCGGACUUAACAAAUAGUAGGAGACUGAUUUUGUAUAAAUAAAAAAUUAGAAAUGCUUUACCAAUGUAGGAAAUCUCCAUUCAAAUGACCGUUAUUUGGUAAUUCCUUCUCUGUUUUAAGAAUAAUGUAUAAUAAUGUACUACCAAUUAAGCUCUUAAAGAUUUAAACUUAUAAUAAUAUACCAAUUCUAUAAUGUAAAUGGCUGUAUUUUAUGUAAUUAAGAAUAAAUGUCUAGAUUAGUUAUUAUGUCGACUGUUAAUUGUACAGCAUUCGAUUAUACUAUUAGAAUUUGUAAAUUAUUAAGCCAUUACCUACCUAUUAUUAAGAUACUCAUAAAUCUAUCUAGUUAGCUUGAAUCUAGUUGAUGACUUAUUAUGUAAAGUGUACAGAAAUCAUAUCAUUAUAUACAGAUCGUAAAUAAAAUUGUUCAUAUCAA